AUGGCGUCCAUCAUCGGGUCCAGCCGACCGCCACUCAAGACCAAGUUCAGCGAUUCUUACAAGCAACUCCUCGAAGGCAGACAACCGUGGCUGGACCAAGACGGCAUCUCCGGCUCGUCCGCUGCCUCCUCAUUCAGCAACGACGCCUCAGCUCGGCCUGCUGUUUCGCGCAGCAAGUCCUCUGGCAAGAGCAAUUCUGGUCCCCGGACUCGCUACUUUGCGGAUCUGCUCUGUUUGCCAGUAGAGACGCGCUUGGUGGCUCAGCAGCUCGAGGCCGUCUCGCCCGAGACGCUGCUCGAUGACGAUCCGCACAGCAAGGGCGCACACAUCGCCGACAAUGUCGGUUCGCUUUGGAGGGAAGCCAUUCGCGUUUGGCGCGAGAGCGACGAGGACGAGGUACGCAGAAGGAAUGCCGUCGACACCUUGGUAGCUCUGUCGUAUCCUAUCCUCAGCAAACGUUUCGCCAACUACUCGUUCGCCCUUAUCACCAUCUUUGCGGGGGGCAUGGACGAAGCGGACGACGUCUUUACGCUGCUUGUCGACUCUGUCCACGACACUCUGCGCGGAGGCGACCUUGCCAGGGUACGCAUUCCUUCCUCCGCUCGCGAUGACUUGGACGAACGAGAGCAGGACGUGGCUCGUGCCAGGGCCAGGGAAUGGAUCGACACGGAAGUGCAGCAUCGUGCGCUUCAGCUCGGUCUUCUGUGGCUUUCGUGCGUAGCUCAGACCCCACUGGCAGCGUACUUCCUGCGUCGCGAUCUGUUCGUCACGACCAGCACCUUCAUUUCCACCCCGGAUGGCUCUCGAUACGCGUUCGAAGGCGCCGUCCUUCUUGGUCUCCUCGCCACAAUCGGUCAGAGCGCCUCAGGAGGCGUCUCGCUCAGUCUCAGCACAUCGAAUUCAUAUGCGCGCCGCUUUCACGACUGGGUCGACGAGGAUUGUAUGGCCAAAGUCUUGGUGGCAGCAUCUGCGGCUAUGGAGCAGAACGUUGAGCUGUAUCGACAGGUCUUCGAUGACUCGCCGCCUACUCUCACAGGCAAUAUCGCUGCUCUGGCCAGCAUGCGAUGGGUCUCGAGCUUUGCCGGGCUUGUCACUUCGCCCACGACAUCGUCAUUUCCUGUCACCUCUGAGGCUCGCUCCUCGGCAGCGCCAAGUUUCUCUGGAGACUACUCCCAUCUUCCCUCACCAACGUGCGUCAUUCUGCUGCCGCUCUUCCUCCUCUCGAGAUCCAAUCAGGCAUUCACCUCGCUCAUUCUCGACAUCACCGACCGUAAUAACGACGAUUCGCAAAGUGCGCAGGAAGACACACGAGCAAGGGCCCGCGAUCAGUCAUUCUGCCAACUGGCAUCGCUGACCUCCUACCUCGCCACCCAUGCUUCUGUCUCGACACGAUCAGGAUCGUACGCCCGCAUAUCUCUGCUCUGCCUCCUCGUCCUCCUCUAUGAUCCUCGUGGUAGUCGCAAUAUGCUCGCCGUCACCAACCAGUCAGGCAACGUCCUUCAAAACAUCCGCCUCUGUCGUCAACGGGAGCCUGCUCUUGCUCUCCCACGCACAAAACGCACUCGGCUCGUCACCGCCGUCCUCGACUCCACCACGUGCUCGCUCCGCUACAACCUCAGCAAGCGCAUCGACGUAGCAUCGUACCUCAUCAGCCUCAAACUCAUCCAGCGCGUCGUCGUCUUAUGUUCCGACGAGCGCGUGCAGCUCGAGUAUGACUGGCAGGACUGCUGGAGUGCGGUCCUAGCGUUGGCCUCUUUCCUUGCAGCACGCUAUACCGAGAUCCGGUCGACGCGCGACCUGUCGCAGCUCAUCAAGGCGCUCAUAGCCACGCUCAACACGAUUCUCCUUCGCUCCGACCACUUUCUCGCUUCGACAGCCGACAUCAACCAGUUUGUGUACGAGAUCGUGCGGUGCUCGGCGACGCUGCGCAAGACGGUGCUACUGCUCGAUCCCUCUCUGGAAAGCGCGGCCGAAACGACGCCGAUUCCACCGAAGCUGUACAAUCAAGUCCCAGGAUGGAAGAAUCUCGAGCGCAUCAUCAAUGCGGUCGAAACCAAGAUCAGCGAAUGGGUCGACCAGAAACCCUCCUCGCGCAAGAACAGGGCGCCUGACAUCAACACCGUCACCAAGCUCAUCGGCAGCGUGGACCGCGAACAGUCGCUCGCAGGAGCGACGGAGGACACUGACGCUGGAACAAACAGCGAGCUGGAAUGGCUCGAUAGAAUCCAGGAACAGUGUCUGCCGGAAUUUGUGAGGCACGCUUGUGCCGAUGUAUUGCGAAUCUUGCCUGUAUAUUAA